GGGCAGGGCGGGGUAGCUAUUGGUCGUUUGUUGACUAGGCGGGAUGAGUAAGAAGCCGUGACACCCGGCAGGGGACAGCUUCAAAGUCGUCAUUGCCAGAAGCUCAUGCGUGCAGGCAAGCUUGAGCUCCCCAGCUUCACAUUUUCUUCUUCUCCCGAUCUCUUCCGCAUCUUAAAGUGCAGCUCUCCUCGAACUUACUUCACAUAAAGUUCAAUUAUCUCCGAAGUGCUUUGACUCAAUCAGCUAGAAAAGGGACCAAUUCCCCAUCUCAAUUGACAGAAUGAAGCUUCAGAAUUCGCUCGUGCUGCUUAGCGCUGCGCUUUGUGAGCUUGGAAUUGCAAUUCCGGUCCAGGACAGCCCUAGACAACGCCUCCUAGAUGGAAAACCACUUCCAGCAAACCUUCGAAAGUCGAAGCUUUCCUCUCCAUAUGCUCCAGGUUUCAAAGAUCCAUUGGACAAAGCUGUUGAUGCCGUAGGUGACAAGCUUGAUCCAUUGCCAUACCGCAAUGGACAAGGUGCCUCUGUUUUGGGACCAUGGAAUUGGGAACGGUCUCGCCAGAGUCCGGAUCUCGUGAGACCUCCCAGCACUGAUCAUGGAAACAUGGCGAACAUGCGCUGGAGUUUCGCAGACUCCCAUGUGAGAAUCGAGGAAGGAGGAUGGACAAGACAAACGACUGUCAGAGAGCUGGGCUCGAGUGUCGAACUUGCCUCCGUGAACAUGCGACUUGAUCAGGGUGUUAUUCGAGAGCUUCAUUGGCAUAAGGAAGCCGAGUGGGCAUAUGUUCUGGAUGGAGAAGUUCGUGUCACAGCCAUUGACUAUGAUGGAGGCAGUUUCUUCGAUGAUCUGAAGAAGGGUGAUCUUUGGUAUUUCCCCAGUGGUGUACCUCAUUCGCUCCAGGGUCUUGGCGAGAACGGUACUGAGUUCCUUUUGGUCUUUGAUGAUGGAGGAUUCUCUGAGGAAUCAACGUUCAUCUUGACGGAUUGGCUAGCACACACUCCCAAGUCAGUGGUCGCCAAGAACUUCAAUCUCGCACCAGAAGUCUUCGCCCACAUUCCCGAUGGAGAAAAAUAUAUCUUCCAAGGAUCCACACCCGGCUCAAUCGAAGACGAGAAACCAAGUGGAAAAGGAGUCAAGAAGUCCAAGUACAACUUCACACAUCGGAUGUUAGACCAGGAGCCCAAGAAGACAAGUGGAGGCGAAGUGCGCAUCACUGACUCUAAGAACUUUCCAAUCUCGAAGACCAUCGCCGCAGCACACGUCACCAUCGACCCAGGAGCGAUCCGUGAGAUGCACUGGCACCCAAAUGCCGAUGAAUGGUCUUUCUUCCUGAAGGGUCGUGCACGUAUCACGAUCUUCGCUGCUGAAGGCACUGCUCGCACAUUCGACUACAUGCCAGGCGAUGUUGGUAUCGUACCUCGAAACAUGGGACACUUCGUCGAGAACAUAGGAGACGAGCCGAUUGAGAUGUUGGAGGUGUUUAAGGCUGAUGAGUUCAGAGAUUUCUCUUUGUUCCAGUGGAUGGGAGAGACACCAAAGAAGCUGGUUAUUGAUCACUUGUUUGCGGAUGACCCAAAAAAUGGAGAGGUUUUCUGGAAUAAGGUUAAGAGCGCUGAAAAGGAUGAGGUCACUCUUCCUGAUGCGUUGAAAGAUGGAGCUGAGAAGACCGUGGACGAAUUGUGAAGAAUCUUUUGAGGUUCGCCAAGGCUGUAAAGAUGUCUGGUGGAUCUUGGAGAAGACGAGAUUCAAGCAACUGUGGAAGUCAAAUACUGAACAUUAUUCUCUGUUCUCUGGCUUUGUAAUUUCCUUUAGGCUGUAAAUUAUCAUUAUCAGACAUAUAUUUCGAGUCUCAAUACGAUCAAAGAGCACUUCAUGUCCAA